AUGUAUCCUGAUGUCGUCGGCGCCGGGAUGUAUCCUGGUGUCAUCAGCGUUGAGAUGUAUCCUGAUGUCGUCGGCGCCGGGAUGUGUUCUGGUGUCGUCGGCGCUGGGAUGUAUCCUGGUGUGGUCGGCGCCGGGAUGUAUCCUGGUGUUGUUGGCAUCGGAAUGUAUCCUGGUGUCGUCGCCGCCGGGAUGUAUCGUGGUGUCGUCGGGGUCGGAAAAUAUCCUGGUGUCGUCGUCGCCAGGAUGUAUCCAGGUGUCGUCGGCGUCGGAAAGUAUCCUGGUGCCGUCGGCGUCGGAAAGUAUCCUGGUGUCGUCGGCGCCGGGAUGUAUCUCGAAGAUGAAGGGAUGCCCGGAUGGGCAUUAGGAGCGGAGGGGUGGCAGUGUAGCAGUGUGGCACCCACUGGAUUACAUUCCUGCUAUCGUCUUGACUGCGGUGCUAACAGUGCCAGCAUCGCAGCCAAUACGAUGGCAAGAAUGUAA